UCUGGGAUUAAGCUGGAGCUACAGCCAGGAAAGGACUCGGAUGGCGCGUGGGGGUGCGGGCGGGAAAAGCUGGCGAGCUCGCCGCGCGGGGCCCCAGGCCCUCGAGAGCACUCUGGGGCUCGGGCGGCGGCUGCGGCUCGCUCUCGCCCCGCGUGGCCGUUGGGCGCGGCACGCGCACGCCGCGAACGCGGACACGGCCACGCGCGCCGGCCGGUGGGGGCGGGGGGCGGAGAGCUCCUGCGCGCCCGUGCGCCUGCCGCGCGCGCCUGCGGCCGUUGGGGCGGAGGUGGGGAGGGGGAGCUCGCACAGUCGCCGUUCGGACGUCUCCCUCUCACCUCUGCCCCAGCUCGCCCUCCUACCGGUCCAGCCCCGCCCACACCCUGCCGUACCUGCACGGCUGAACGGGAGAGGAACAAGCUCUGCUCCACCGCAAGGCAAAAGGCAAAUACCCUUCACGCAACUGCGUCCGCACACACGCGUGCUCCGUCGCCGGGCUAUAUAACCGAGACUCAGACUAACUUGUUGCGGCCAAGUCGGGCAGGCUAGUGGCCAAUCCCGACGGCGUCCUCUGAGCUCUUCGCGCAGCAAUUGGGUACUGACUCAGGAUGAAGGCGUGGCUCUUGAUUGGCUUUGACUUUUGCCUAUGAGCCUGUAAGGAUCUCGUUUCCCUAGUGACGGAUUGGCACUGAGAGAGACCAAUAACGGAAAGAGAAAGGGCUGCAGCCUCCUUCACCUCCCUCGGGUUCCAACGGGCAGAUUCAAACAGUUCGUAAUCAAACAAGAGCGGGAAUGCUGAAACAAGGUGGAGCAGUCAGGAACCCCACAGUGCAGCUUUGGAGAGGGAAUCCUAGUUCCCUCUCAAGGAACACGCAUGACAGAAUCUUUGAGUUCUUCUGCAGGAACUAAGCAAGGCCCCAUCAGGUGAAAGAUGGUAACUUCAGGCUGAGCACAAGAUUCCUGGAGCACCACCCUAUUACCUCACCACCAACCAAUCAGAAGAAAGUCUCACACCCUGCUGCCUAUUAAAAACUGCUCCCCAAAGCCAUCAGGGACUUCUGGGUUUUUGAGCAUGAAUCAUGCAGUCUCCUUGCUUGGCUCUGCAAUAAACCUUUCUCUGCUACA